GAUUCAAAGGUAUGCGUCACAUCAUGUUUGUGAUUUAUUGUUUUUGAGAUUUUGAUUUUAUUCAAAAUUACUUGUUUUAAAUUCUUUCAACACUAAUGAAGGAAGAGUCCAGUGGUUUUCGAGAAAGAGUCCUCAAUCUAUUCAAAUCGUCAAAAGGAGCUCUCACACAGAAGCAUUUCGAGAAGGAAUUUUCGGAUGUAUCACUUACUACCAUCCUACCCAUCCUAAAUGCUUUGCAAAAGGAGGGCAUGCUGGAUGUCCUGGUUAAUACAGACCGAACCUUAUCAUGGCAGUUGAGGGAUCAAACGGCAGCUGAAAAUUUGAAAAGCUUAUCAGAUCUGGAGGAGCGUCUAGUUUACAAUGCGAUACGUACUGCUGGCGAAGAUGCUGCGUCAGUCAAACUGAUUAGUUCAGAAACUAAGCUACCUCAAAACCGGAUACCUAAAAUAAUUAAGUCAUUGAUUUCUAAGAAGUUGAUUAAAGAAGUGCCAAUGGCUGUUGGUCACAAACAGAAAGUGUACCUGCUUAUGGAACUGGAACCUAGUGAAAAGUUAGCUGCAAAUACACUAUUCGCUGGUGAAUCUGGUGUGGAUGCUGAGUUUAUAUCUAUUUUGAGAGCGGCCUGCUUAAAGUAUCUUCAAGAUAAGGCAGUUUCAGCUUCUCAUAUUGCUGAUCCAUUAGAGCGUAGACUGGCAUCUUAUGUGUCAUGCGAAGAAAUUCAUCGAUUUAUUACGAACACAAAAAUUUGCAAUGUUACUAUGACGGUUCUUGAUGUUCAGUGCGUGCUGGAAGCCUUAAAGUUUGGUGGCGAAUUGGAGACGCGCAUUAAUUCCGAAGCUUCUGAAGAAAGUACUAGCUCAGGAAUGCUCUAUCGACUAGCUACUCAAACUCCAUGUACUGCAAAUUUGGCGCAUAUCCCGUGCACAAUAUGCUUAUGUCGAAAAGAUUGUCGUCCAGAUGGACCAAUCAACCCUCAAUCAUGUAGACUUUUUCAAGCAUUUCUUGAGUUUUAAUGAAGAUGGAUUUUUUUUUCUCCCUCUAAUUCUAAAAAUCUAUGGCAUUCUUUUUCAAGGAACCAUUGUAUGUACUGUUAUGUUUACAAAAUUUGUCUUGAGUCUUUCAUUCCUACUUUUAUUACCAACUGUUGUCAUAAUUUUUACCUGCCCCUUUAUUGCUCUGUUAUUUGUAUCCCUGUAAAUAAACAAUGCUGAUGCUAUAUGGAAUUAUUUGUACUCUAUUUUUUUAUGGGAAGAUAUAUUUACAUGAUGAUUCGAAAAGUAACAAUUAUUGCUGUUGCCAGUUGUACUAAAUAACGCCUUAGAAACUAGUAACCGUUUCUUGUGUUUAUCCACUGUAAUUUAGGCAUUUCUUAAUUUUUGUAUAGUUGGACCUCUUUAGAUAGUGUACUCAGAUGUCUACUAUCGCAUCACAUAUACAAAUCUCGUUCAAAUGCUCCGAUAUACCAAGGGUUAAAAGGAUCCCGUUGAUCCUCUUGAAAUACUUCCAUACGAAUGCGAUUCUACAAGGAAAUUCCUACUUACUGUCAUCAUUUAGGCAGUGUAUUUACACUGGCUUGAAGGCUCUGAAGAACGUCAAACUUAUCACCGUAUGGAUCAACACGAAAGAAUCGAAAAACUCUGGUUCUAAAAUAGUAGUGCACAUGGACUUUCCGAUCCAGAAUGGAUGAAUGAUGUAUGAACCUACCUUGGUCACCAACAACCAUGUGGAUGCUACACCUCACUUUGCUCCAGUGCUUUACGAAUCAGACUUCCAGUCAAAAAAAAUUGGUGAGUGGUCCCUUUAAGACAACCAUAUACUUCGGUCUGGACAUCCGGACAGUAUCCCAGUAUUACUCCACCAGGUGGUUGACACCGUUACAUGAAUUGCAGACCAACAAUCACCGCUUUUAUCGACGUUCCUUUGGACAAUUAUAUGCUCUAGACUUGUCUGUGAGAAGUUUUUUCAGAUGUUGAAGAUCCCAUGCUAAAAUGCGUCAAAAAGAGAGUGAUGGCUUAC